GAUGCGUCUACUGAUAACAACAUAUGUUAGCAUCUGUGCAUCGUAAUCUGCUGAGAACAAGUGAUUAAUUCCAAGUUGUUAUUUCAUAAAUAAGCUAUCAAUAUGAUACACAGUUUAUUUAUCGUCAACAGCAGCGGGGACGUCUUUUUGGAGAAACACUGGCGCAGUGUCGUGUCUCGGACCUGUGUUUCGUACUUUCUCGAUGUUCAUCGUGAAUCUCCCAACGAUGUGCCGCCGGUGAUAUCAACCCCGCACCAUUAUCUCGUUUCAAUCCAGCGGAACGGAAUCUCACUCGUUGCAGCCUGUAAGCAGGAAUUUCCACCACUUUUUGUGAUCGAGUUUUUGCACCGCGUUGUGGACACGUUUGAGGAUUACUUUUCUGAGUGCAACGAAAAUGUAAUUAAGGAAAACUACGUCAUCGUGUACGAACUGUUGGACGAAAUGCUUGACAACGGGUUCCCGUUGGCGACGGAGUGCAAUAUUCUGAAGGAACUGAUCAAACCACCCAACAUUCUACGGACAAUUGCCAACUCUGUGACAGGAAAAUCCAAUAUCAGUGGCACACUUCCUUCGGGGCAACUAUCGGCCAUCCCUUGGCGACGAACCGGCGUAAAGUACACCAACAACGAAGCUUAUUUCGAUGUAGUCGAAGAGGUGGAUGCUAUCAUCGACAAGAAUGGGCAGACGAUUUUUGCCGAAAUUCAAGGAUAUAUCGAUUGCUGCAUAAAGCUGAGCGGUAUGCCCGACCUUUCACUCUCCUUCAUGAAUCCGCGCUUGUUCGACGAUGUGUCGUUCCAUCCGUGCGUUCGCUUUAAGCGCUGGGAAUCGGAGCGGAUUCUCUCGUUCAUUCCACCGGACGGAAACUUCCGGCUGAUGUCGUACCACGUUGGCACACAGAGCAUCGUAGCCAUUCCAAUCUAUGUGCGUCACAAUUUGGUGCUAAAAUCGGGAGAACAGUCCCGGCUGGACAUUACCGUUGGGCCAAAAACUACUAUGGGCCGUACCGUGGAGGCCGUUAAGCUAGACAUCUGCAUGCCAAAAGCCGUAACCAAUUGUUCCUUGGUAGUAAACCAGGGAAAGUACACGUACGAUACUGUUAAUAAGGUGCUUCACUGGGAUAUCGGUAGAAUCGACGCGGCCAAACUACCCAAUAUCCGUGGAACGGUGAGAAUGAUGGAGAUAUGGGUUGAAUGUACCUUAAUUUUAAUUAUUCAAUUACACUUCACCAUCUCCCAGAUGGCGGUUUCGGGAUUGAAAGUAAAUCGGCUGGAUAUGUACGGCGAAAAGUACAAACCCUUCAAAGGGGUCAAGUACGUGACGAAGGCGGGAAAAUUCCAGAUUCGUAUGUAAACCUCUAUUUAAUUAGCCUUGCGUCAACUAUAGAACAAAGUGGCUAUGCCUUAAAAUAUAUAAAAAGCAAAUAACAAUAUACUCCAUCGGAUAAGAUUG